GAGAGAAAAGCCUCAUCACAAUGUGGCGUGUCGCAGGCCCGUCUGAGUACCUCGCCGUAACAGGAGGAUCCAUCGAGGACUUCAAGCUCGCGAAGGCGGCGUGGAUAUGGCCGGCGGUAUAUGCAGGCAAGACCAAGAUGAAGGGUAAAGUCGGUGCUGGACAGACCAAACACAAUGCUGUGAAAACCGAUUUAGAGACCAAGGCCAAGAUGAAGGGUAAAGUCGGUGCUGGAAGGAGUAAACACGAUGCUGUCAAAACCGAUUUAGAGACCAAGGCCAAGAUGAAGGCUGCGAAAACCGAUUUAGAGACCGAGAUUACAGCGAGGGGAACCCGUAAGGCGGAGAUAAAGGAGAUGGCGGCCACAAGGGCGGCGAAGGUCUUCAAGAACCAAGCCACAGAGAAUGAAGCAUGCCCUCAAAAGGGUAACAAUGGAAAAGACCAGCAAAAGGGAGGAAAUACCCGGCAGCAGCACAUGAAGGGUUGUCUCAAAGAUCCGAGGAAGCGGCCUUCCAAGGGACAGAAGAAGACUGUCAGGUUCAACUUGCCUGAGGAUGAUCUUGGGAGCAGGUGCAGGAGGCAAACUGGCGAGCUCCAUAAGAACGAGAGGGGCCGAGGGGCAAAAGGCGAACAGCGGACGCUAAAACACUAUGGCAACAGCCGGAUGCCGCUUCUAACAGGCCUGCAAAACGUAUUCCGGCCUGUUCAUUUGACAGCGGCACUUCCCCUGUUUGGAUGA